AUGGACUCCUUUGCCAUUACGGAGGGCCUUGCCGCCCAGGAGCAACAAGAUGUCCCUCCAGAAGUCUCCACUAAGCUGUCGGAGGAGACAAAUAAGUUCCAGCGAGCCAUCGCUGCUUGGCGUGGUAUUGACCUAGCUAGCACCAUUGCGAAACUCGAUGCAUCUGCCUCCGAAAUAGUCGAACACCAGCGGGACUCCCUCGUCCAAAGAAAGGAUUUGGCGCAAAAGACGAAAGACUUUAAGAAGCUGGAGGAUCAGGACAAACUCACCGAGUACAAGGGAUUACUGAAAGCCUAUCAGUCAUUUAUCGAUGUUUUGACCAACCAAGGCAAAUCCUCGUCAUCAUCUUUCCUACAAUUAUACUCGUCUCUGUCCGAAGCACCCGAUCCUUACCCACUCCUCGAAGCCUCUGUAGAUUCCCUCGUGGUAUCUGAAGAGACAGUUCCAAAGUUGACAUCCGAACGAGAUCAAUUGCAACAAUCCGUCGACCGUCUUACAAAACAACAAGAAGAAACCGAGAACCGUCUACAGGAAGAACGUGCAGCAAGGAAGAAGCUCGAGGAUAACCAAGAGUCAAGAGCUAAGGAAAUUGAAACAUCCUGGAAGGCUGUUUUGUCCGAAAAGUCGAGCAAUUGGGCUGCCAAAGAGAAAAGCUUGGAAGAAAAAGUGGAGAACCAGGACCGCUUAAUCAAAGAGCUCAAAGCAAGCUAUGAGGUUUCCCAGCGUAUGGGUGAAGAUGAGGAUAACGAUGAUGCACGAAAUGGCGCAACCGCUGCAGAACUGGAGCUUGUGUCGACCGAUUUGGAAAAGACCAGUCUUCGAUUAGCAGAUGUGGAAGCACGGAAUGAGCAAUUACGGCUGGAAUUGGCCCAGGCCGUAUCUCACUCGCACUCUGACCAAUCAACCUCCGUUGAAGAUGAUCCAUCUUACCAGCGCCUUCAAUCAGAGAAUUCUUCUUUGCUGCGUAAGCUAGAUGCUGCACGCUUUGACAAGGAUUCAUCUCGACACACCUGGGAAGGCAAGCUCCACCAGGCCGAGAGAAAUGCAUCGAAGGCUACACUAGAAAGAGACGAACUUAAAUCACGACUUGACAAAGUUGCAGACUACGACGAAAUUCGUCGAGAAUUGGAAAUGAUCAAGUCAAUUGAAUUUACAGCGGGUGAUGACGAUGAUUUGGGCGAAACCACAGCUGACGACGAUACUGUCAACACUAAUGGUGAUGCUACGAAGACUAAGGGGAAGAACUCUUUAGAACAGCUUCUCCUGGCUCGAAACAAGAAGUUGACGGAUGAGCUUACUGUGCUAAGAGUCUCGUCUCGAGAUAUCCAAGAACAACUCGAAACUAUGCGUGGCGAGCUUGCAACGACAAAAGAAGAACUUGGUAAAUCUCGAGGCUUGUCUACCACGCUGGAAAAUGAUCUCCUGCGUGUUCAACAAGAGGCUGCCAAUGCGUUCCCAUCCUCAGCCAUGUCCGUUGCAGGUACUUACUCUUCCCGGUACCCGCAUUCCUCUCGACGAGGAGCAGCGUCCCCUACCUCGUCAAUUAUCUCUGGCUUUGACCAGAGUGCCGCAUCCGCCAAUACCAUGGAUGCCAUUCGCGCUGGAGAGGCUGUAGGCGGUGGCUCUGGUCUUCUGCCAAUGAUUCAGGCCCAGCGGGAUCGUUUCAAGAAGAAGAACGCCGAGCUUGAAGAGGAUCUGUCGAAGUUGUAUGGCACAGUCAAGUCCCUGAGACAAGAAGUAGCUACGCUACAGAAAGAUAACUUGGGUCUCUAUGAGAAGACUCGUUAUGUUUCGACCUACAACCGCGGCCAGGGCGGAAGUACAUCUGCUUCCUCAUUCGGGAAUGCACCAAGCUCCACAACUGUUCAUUCCGCGAAUACACCUUCCGGGCUGUCUUUGGACCGGUACCAAUCAGCCUACGAGGCACGCAUCUCCCCGUUUGCUGUCUUCCGAGGUCGCGAGUCCGCCCGUGCGUAUAAGCGUAUGAACCUACCAGAACGGAUAGUGUUCUCGCUGACCCGCAUUAUCAUGGCAAAUAGGACCAGUCGAAACUUAUUUGCUGGGUACUGUUUCGCUAUCCAUGUCCUGCUCUUUGUUGUCCUUUAUAUGAUGAGUACAACGGAGAUAGAGAAGCAUAGUGCCAUGAGUGCUGUUGGCAAUGCUGCAGCUGCGGCCUAUGCCAAUAGUGGGUCUGGAAGUGGUUCAGGCAGUGGCAGUGGUUGGCUACAAGCUGAUGAUUGGCAGCAAGAAGGGUUUAAUGAAGCAGGUUAA